CAAACAGCAUCACUAUUUUAUAGUGUGUGAAGAUAACCCAGAAAAUUAAAGAAGUUUCUAAGGAAAUAUGCAGAGGCUACUCUAGAGAAACUGAGUACUGAAGAAAGUGAGAAUCAUGGACCAGAACAACAGCCUUCCACCUUAUGCUCAGGGCUUGGCCUCCCCACAGGGUGCCAUGACUCCUGGAAUUCCCAUCUUUAGUCCAAUGAUGCCAUAUGGCACAGGACUUACUCCACAGCCUAUUCAGAACACCAACAGUUUGUCUAUUUUGGAAGAGCAACAAAGACAGCAGCAGCAGCAGCAGCAACAGCAGCAACAGCAACAGCAGACAGUAGCAGCUGCAGCAGCCUCAGUACAGCAAUCAACAUCUCAGCAAUCCACACAGGGGGCCUCAGGCCAGACCCCACAGCUCUUCCAUUCUCAAACUCUCACCACUGCACCAUUGCCAGGCACCACCCCCUUGUACCCUUCGCCAAUGACCCCUAUGACCCCUAUCACUCCUGCCACACCAGCCUCCGAGAGUUCUGGGAUUGUACCACAACUUCAAAAUAUUGUAUCCACGGUGAAUCUUGGUUGUAAACUUGACCUAAAGACCAUUGCACUUCGUGCCCGAAAUGCUGAAUAUAAUCCCAAGCGGUUUGCUGCAGUCAUCAUGAGAAUAAGAGAGCCACGAACAACUGCGCUGAUUUUUAGUUCUGGAAAAAUGGUGUGCACGGGAGCCAAGAGUGAAGAACAAUCCAGACUAGCAGCAAGAAAAUAUGCUCGAGUUGUGCAGAAGUUGGGCUUCCCAGCUAAGUUCUUAGACUUUAAGAUCCAGAACAUGGUGGGGAGCUGCGAUGUGAAGUUCCCCAUAAGGCUAGAAGGCCUCGUGCUGACCCACCAGCAAUUCAGUAGCUAUGAGCCAGAAUUAUUUCCUGGAUUAAUCUACAGAAUGAUCAAACCCAGAAUUGUCCUCCUUAUUUUUGUUUCUGGAAAAGUUGUAUUAACAGGUGCUAAAGUUAGAGCAGAAAUUUAUGAAGCAUUUGAAAACAUCUACCCCAUCUUAAAAGGAUUCAGGAAGACCACGUAGUGUCUUGACAUGUCCUCCUGCCUGCCCUACCCACUUGUUUUUUAAAACCAGUCAGUUUUGGUACCACUGAGGGUACAGUUGUGAGAAGAAGGACACUCAGUUCCAGGUGGCAGCCUGAAGUGACACUGUGUGUCCUGCAGGACGCUGGAAGGUUAUCUCCUCUGCACUGAGAUCAUCCUGCAGCAUUACUGUGAGUUGCUUGCUCUAUGCUGCUAUUUGGGCAGCACUGCCCAUUUAUUUAUAUUUAGAUUUUAAACACUGCUAUUGGUGAGUUUGUUGGUUUAAGGGACAAAACUUUUAAGUGUUCAAGCCACCUGUACAAUUGGGCUUUUUAUUUUAGCCUUUCCCACAUAAGCCAGUUUUUAUAUUUCUACCAGAAAAGUAAAAAUCUUUUUUAAAAGUGUUGUUUUUCUAGUUUGUAACUCUUAGGAGUCAUUUUUGUGCCAGAUACAUUCCGCCUUCCCAGUAUUGCAGGACUGAAUAGCUGUAUUAAUCAAAACAAAUGGCUGUACAUACUUUCCUUCAGAAUACUCUGCGCGCGCGCACACACACACACACACACAAAAUGCAGCUUGUAAAUUGUUAGAUUUUUGUUAUAAAUGAUACCUUGUAAGAGUCAUGUGAUCAUAUUGUCAAAGAAAUUUAUUUUAGAUAUAACAUCUGAGACCGUU